AUGACGAAUAGACCAACCCUGUCACUGGUCGAAGCCAGCAUCAGCGACCUCAAAGGAUUGCUAGACAAUGGAGUUAUUACAAGUGUCGAGCUUGUUGCCCUUUAUCUGCAUCGAAUCGGCAAGUUUGACUGCAGAGGUCCAUGCCUCAAUUCGAUAUGUUUAAUCAACCCGGAGGUAUUUGCGGAGGCCAAAGCCUCGGACGAUUACCGUAACUCUGGAAAGCCGCCACGACCUCUGGAGGGCAUUCCAUUUACGGUCAAAGACAGCUACAAAGUCAAGGGCAUGACAGUUGCAGCUGCGUCCCCUGCUUUUGCAAAGCUCGAAGCAACCUCGGAUGCUGCCAUCGUUGAGUUGCUUCGUAAAGCAGGCGCAGUUGUACUUGGCAAGACUAAUAUGCCACCGAUGGCUGACGGUGGUUGUCAGCGAGGUUUAUAUGGACGAUCAGAGAGCCCAUAUAAUCUGAAGUAUAUGUGCACUGCUUAUGCCUCUGGCUCCUCCUAUGGCUGUGGUGUGUCUACUGCAGCAAGCCUGGCCGCUUUUGGUUUUGCUGGAGAAUCUGUCACUUCAGGUCGCUCGCCAGCAUCCAACAACGCACUAGUCGCCUACGCCCCUUCUCGCAGUAUUAUUCCUCCACGAGGAUUAUGGCCUUUGUAUCCGACUUGCGACCAGGUUGUUCCUCACACAAGGACUAUGGAGGAUUUGUUUCACGUACUGAACGUGGUUGCCACUGAUGAUGAUGCCGCUGGCGACGCUGAUUUCUGGCGUGCACAACCAUAUGUAUCAUUGCCGAGGGUUAGCGAGAUACGACCGACCGACUAUCUCACACUCGCCGAUCCAGAUGCGCUUCGCAAUAAGCGGUUAGCUGUCCCUCGAUGCUUCAUCGGGAUCCCAGGUGCAAAGCCUGAGAACGCAUGCUCUCCAGGCGUCAAGGCGCUUUGGGAAAGAGCACGCGCAGACAUUGAGGCGCUGGGCGCCACUAUCAUCGAGACUGACUUCCCCGUUUUCAAGAACUACACGAGACAAGACUUUCCCGGUCAGAGCAUGAAUGUUCCCAAUCUAUCUCAGGAAUGGGCGGCGCGGGAACGUUGUGAGAUGAUUGCCUUAAGUUGGGACGACUUCCUGCGCAGCAAUGGCGAUAAAAAUAUCCCAAACUUCACAUUUGCUGAACUUGACAAGAUCCACCCUCAUAUUGCUCCUAUGGAUGACCCAUCCCAGCACACUGAGUCCCAAAAUCAGGUUCGCUAUGAAGACAUGGUUGCUGCAGUCAAGACUCGGGGAAACAGCAGCCUCGCCGACCUCCCUGGAUGUCGGGAUGCGCUGCAAGCUUUGGAGGCCAUGCGAAAACAGGAUUUUGAGGACUGGAUGACCGAGAACAAGUUUGACGCUGUAGUGUUUCCGACCAAUGGCGACAUUGCGUUAGCUGAUUCUGAUGAAUCCUACGAAUCAAUGGUUGAUGCACUACGCGAUGGAGUCAAGUAUGCAAAUGGUGGCCGAUCACUCAAGCAUCUCGGAAUUCCUUGCAUCACUGUGCCUAUGGGAAACCUCGUAGACGAGAAGAUGCCGGUCGGUAUUAAUUUCUGCGGCAAGGCGUAUGAUGACUCUAAUCUGAUGAGUUACGCCUUUGCCUAUGAGACAGCAUCGAAACGUCGGGAGAGUCCACCUUUGGCGCCAUCGCUGCCUUCAGAUGAGAUUUUCAUUCCUGAGCGUAGUCCUGCAUCACCAGCCAUGAUGGCACCCACUUUGGAGAUAGCCUCGAUAACGGCUUCAAUCGAGGAUGGUCCAGACUUCGAUGUUCGCAUGGUCAAGGUAACGGGAACCUGUCACCUCUCAACCCCAACUAAGACUUCAAUUAGCUUAGACGUCUUUGCUAAUGGUGAGCUAACAUCCCCCGCGAGUUGGGACGGAGAUAAUUGGGUAUGGACGGCUAGACUCAUUCGGCAUAAGCGUGACGACAAGUACCCGGCCUUGGCUAGGGUUCCAAGGGACCAGUUUCUUCUUGUUUUCAUUGCAAAGGCCAAUGAUAGACGUUUUUCUGGUUCUUUUAUCUUGGUUAAUUAG